AUGGAACUUCAAAAAGGACUUGGAGGAACAGAGAAACUUAGAGAAAAUUUUGCAAAAAUAAAAAUUGAUGCUAAUUAUUAUGAAAAUGGUAAUGGAACUAGAAAGAAUGACAAAUGUGCUAAAACAUUUGGUAAGUUUUCUAAUACUGAAUUGUCAAUUCAAAAACCAGAAUGUUUUAGAUAA